AUGGUUCAGACUCUUGCGCAGACGGUCGAGGAGCGAUAUCGCAUCGGGAGUGUGAAGCUACAGACGACACCGAGACCACCCCCAGUCAUUGAUUUUUCAUCUUUCUAUGGCGAUGAUGACCAUAUCAAGGCGAACCUUGUGGAGCAAGUCAAAGCCGCAUGUCUGGAGAAAGGAUUUUUCCAAAUUACCGGACAUGGUAUCUCUGAAGACCUUCAACAAGCUAUGAUGGAGCAAUCCAAAGACUUUUUCGCUCUACCACUAGGACAAAAAGAAAGAUACGACCAAGGUCAGUUUUCGAAUACACCUUGUAAAGUCCAGUGCAAGGGAUGA